GGUAGUAUUGCAUAUCUUUCACAUGACAUGUAAAGCGAAGGUGCUCAGUCCGCGCCUCUGCGAUUCUGCUUAAAUACUUGUUUUGAAUUUUUACGAUCAAGUAUUUAUGAAAGUGUGAAAGUUGUCUGUUUAAUGUGUUGGGCUGUGAAGGUUAGCCAUGGUUUCUCUUGAAGUAUUUCAGGAGCAGUUCCAUAAGUUGAAAGAGGUUGAAGAGGGAAAGGAUCAACUCAUUGGGAAAUUGUUUGCCCGCAUCAACGAGUUAGAAAGUGGUCUGACGGAGACGAAGUUACAUCUUGAGAGAGAACAGGAUACUGCGAAACUGUACCAGCUGAAACUCUCCGAUGUUCAGGUGAAUCUUGCGAGAAUCGAAGAAAGAAUUGAUUCCAAUAGUUAUGUGUCGGUUUUGAUUGAUGGUGAUUGCAUGACGUUUUGCGAUGAUCUCAUCAAAUCUUCUCAGCAAGGAGGGCUAGAGACCGUCCAUCGCCUAAGGGAAAAAGUGUGCGAGUAUCUUUCAACGGAGCUUGAGUUACCAAGUCAGAUUUCAGUCCGCAUUCGAGUGUAUGCAAAUAAGAAAGGCUUGGCAUCGGCCUACAGUCACAAUAAAAUUAUAGGCAAUGCAGAUGAUUUUGACAUGUUUGUUCGCGGUUUCAAUAUGGGACACCCCAUGUGCGAUUUUGUGGAUGCGGGUGAUGGGAAGGAGUGUGCGGAUUCGAAACUGAAAGAAUGUUUCACGCACGAUAUGGCGGACGUCCAAUGUCGAGCGGUCAUCUUUGGUGGUUCAGCAGAUAAUGGCUAUGCGCGAAUUCUCCAGCCAUAUGUAGGAAAUACUGCAAAGAGCAAUCGAAUCAUUUUGCUUGAAGGGCCUCCAUUUGCUAAAGAAUUGGCCAUAAUGAAGGAAAAGUUUCUCGUUGCCCGCUUCCCGGGUGUGUUCAGAAACACAAAGUUAUCAGGCCGGCAGGUGUCAUUACCAACGACACCCCCCAGAAGUUCCACUCCAGACACGUCCAGCUAUGCUGAAACGGUGCUGAGUAAUUCCAGUUUAGAUGUUGUAAGUAUGGAGGGAAGUAGCGAUUCUUCAGUGGCUGUUCCGGUACGAAGUAAGUAUGCAGUACUUCGGAAUCGCAAAGGACAGCGUCUUGAUGCUAUCAUUUCCCCGCCUUCAGCACUCAUUACUGUGAUGAGAAACACAAAACACUGCAACGUGUUUCAUAUUUUUGGGGAAUGUCCGUAUAAGAAGUGUAGCUUCUUGCAUGGAAAAAGACUUGGCAGGAAAGAGAUUGAUGCUCGACGAUUCAUCUCACGCUCCAAACCAUGUCCCUCCAAGUUAAAUUGCAAGGAUGAAAAGUGUUUAUAUGGGCACCAAUGUCUUGAAAAGGCAUGUACAAAAAUUGGCAAAGGCUGCAAAUUUGACAAGGAGAUGCAUAACGUUGAUAGGUCUUAAGAGGACUAUCGUGGCGUCGACGCGUCGGUUCGUUAGGAUCUGGGAGACAAGAUAGUUUCUCAGAUACUCGUGUUUUACACACUAGAAAGUAUUGGGGGGUUUGAAAAUUGAAUAUCCUUGAACGAGGCAUCUAAGGUUCGAUAGAGCUUGAAAUUGAUGAUUGUGCUUUAUCCAUCCAUUGGUUUCCACAUAAGUACAAUUGAUGAGUAGAUCGAACAAUCAAUCAAUCAAUACCUACUUGUGUUGUGAAUAUUGACA